AUGCAAGGGGGGGGCACCCCCAUCUGCUGGCAGCAACAGCAGCAACAGCAACAACAGCAGCUGGUGCAGAGACGGCAGUGGCAUACGGAGCAGCACCAAGUAGACCAGAGGUCUUGGCAUGCACCAGAACAGCAGCAGCCGCUACAGCAGCAGCAACAGCAGCAGCAGCGGCAGCAGCAUACCAUCGGCUUCGCACAUGAAUCAUCUCAGCUGGGAUCGUCUCGAUGGCAGGCCUUGUGUACGUACACCAGAGAGGGAGAAGCAGAGCCGCAGCAGGAAAGCCCUUCACAGCGUUGGGGGCAACAGCUAGGGAAUGAAACUCCCGACUGGCAACAGCAACGGUAUCAGCGGCAGCAGCUGCUGCUGCAGCAGCAGUGGCAGCAGCAGCCACAACCCGAUAGCCAAACUCCCCUUUCUCCGCAGAGCUGCUCUUCAUAUUCGCAGCAGCAGCAACAACAACAACAAUAUCGGGGUUCCUCUGGAUGGGGCGGACCCAGCACACCUUCUCAGUGGGAGCAGCAGCAGCAGCAGCAGCAGCAACUGCAGCUUCAGCAGCAGAGAUGGUGUGAUCAGCCCCAAACUCAGUAUGAGGAGAUACAGGGGGCGUCAUUACCGCCGCCUAAUCCGUGGAAGCCUCCAGGGCCUCUGCGGCGUCGGCAGUGGCAGCAGCAACAGCAGCAGCAACAGCAGCAGCAACAGCAGCAGCAACAACAGCAGCAGCAGCUGCAGCAGCAGCAGCAGCUUAACGGGCAAGGACUACAGAAGAGCGUCUUCUACGAGGGGCACCCAAUUGCAGCAGCAGCCCCAGUUCCGAGGUCUAAGAGGGUGUGGGGCUUGUCAAGGGUAGCAGCAACAGCAGCAACAGCAGCAACAGCAGCAGGAACUCCUGCAGCUGCCAGCAGCGGCUGGGACCGUUCAUUCCCUCCUUCUAGUUUGGCUGAGCGCAACAGCAGCAGCAGCAGCAUCAGCAACCGCUGCUGCAAAAGAGAGGAAUUGCGUUUUGAGGGGGUGAAGGCCGCAACUGCAGCAGCAGCAGUUGCUGAUGCUGUGCUGCAAGCUGCAGCGCAGCAGCUGCCUUCUGUGCUGCAGCCUGCAGCAGCAAAUGCAGAGUUACCGGGGCCAGCUGGGCGUCUGCUGCGGCUGCGGCAGAAGCAGGAGAAGGGCAAGAGGAUAAAGGGCCUAGCGCGGGAGUCGCCGUUUGACAGCAUGGAGGGGCCUUUGCGUUCUGCGGGUAGUUCACAGGCAUCAGCUGCUGCUGCUGCAGUUGCUGCUGCUGCUGCUGCUCCGGGCUUCACUCCUUCUCCUGGCUGCUGGGGCGGCGCUUGGCUAGGACUAAGUUACUGCGACACAGCAGCAGCAGCAGCAGCAGCAGCAAACGCAUGCCCUGCUGACAGAGACGAGCAGAAGGCACCUCUGCAGCACUCUGCUUCCUGGGCCCGCGCUCUCCUCCUCUUGGGUCUUCCCUUCGACGCUUUUCACUUAGGUUUGACGCCUUUUCCUUCCCCUUGUCCCCCAAUCAUGUCUUUCCUCGUUGAGUCCAACGUUGCCGCUGUGCUGCGCUGCUGCGACUCGGCAGUAACAAAGGACCCAACGGGGGAAGUGGUUUGCUCAAUUCAUUCGUCUGUCUCUCAGGCGCUGCAUCUGUGCCCAGGCAGCACCAUAAUCCUUCAGGAGCCCACGGUAUACUACGCGGCCUUUAAACUGCCGUUCGUUUUGAUAACGCAGCGCUGUCUUGUAAAGCCCACGGUAUACUACGCGGCCUUUAAACUGCCUUUCGUUUUGAUAACGCAGCGCUGUCUUGUAAAGGCGUUCCCCCCGAGUUUCAUAGACGACGCGCUGCGGCAGCAGGCUGAGGAUGCGCGUGAGGAGUGGGAGUACAGAUGGCGGGGGAUCCACGGGGAAGAUGCUGCAGGGCCAGAGGAGACAGGAGGAGGGCCUCAGCCUCUCGAGGCUCCCAGCUAG